AUGCAACCGAAUGUUCCAAGUACUAACACAAAUGGAACACCAGCACCGCAAGAAAGUUCUGCUUGGCCUGUCCCAGCAACAACUGGGAUGGUAUGGUCGCCGAGCUCCCAAGAAUCAGCAGUAUCGCAGUAUGCAGUUAAGAAUGAAGAUUACGCAGAACAGUUCCACUAUCAAAGGCUCGAAGAUGAGAGGAUGAGGGGUGCUCUGCUCAGUCCACCUCUUUCCGGUGAACAAUCACCUGCUGCGCUCUUCCCAAAUGCAGGAUUUCUUGCCCCUUCAUCUCAACCUCACUAUCCAGCCAAUAUUACUCCACCGGUCGAUAGCUGUGGUGUACAGGGAAUGAGAUCGACGUACUUCAUUUUCACGAAUUUUUUGUGCAGACGUGACGGAUGA